AUGGGACCAGGGUCCAGGCUCAAGAAUUGUACUCACAUUGUCUUGGCUGUUUGUGUUCCCCACCAGAAAGCUACAUCUAGGCUUCUGGACCACCUGAUCAUAAUCUCAUUGGCCUACAUGGACACAGGAAUGAGCCAGAAGAUAACCCUGUCUGGGCCUGAACUGUUGACAUUUUGGGAUGUGGCCAUAGAAUUCUCUCCAGAGGAGUGGGAAUGCCUGGACCCUGUUCAGCGGAAUUUGUAUAGAGAUGUAAUGUUAGAGAACUACAGAAACCUGGCCUCUCUGGGUUUCACUGUUUUUAAGCCGGACCUGGUCACCUUUUUGGAGCACAUGCAAGAGCCCUGGAAUGUGAAGAGAAAGGAGACAGUAGCCAAACAUCCAGAUGCGCAUUCUCAUUACACACAAGGCCUCUUGACAAAGCAUUGUGUAGAAAAUGUAUUCCAAAAAGCGAUACUGAGACAAUAUGGAAGCUGUGAUCUUGAUAAUUUGCACUUAAGAAGCAACUGGAAAAGUCUGGAUAAAGGUAAAAUGCAAAACAAAAGCUAUAAUGCUUAUAUCCAAUGUCCGACAACUAACCUUAAUAAAAAUUUGACUGACAAAGGAGAUGAAGAACAUAGAACAUCUCAAGAAAAACUUCUAUUGAUGUCAGCUGCAUGUACAGAACCGCGGGUUUCUGUAAGCAAACAUCAAUAUCAAUUUAUGAAGUAUACCUUUUGUAAUAAGACUCAGGGGAAAAAAAGAAUAAUUUGCUCUGGAGAAAAGCUUCACAAAUGUAAAGAGUGUGGGAAAUCAUUUGCUCAUGUAUCAAGUCUUAAUGUGCAUAAGAGAGUUCAUACUGGAGAGAAACCUUACAGAUGUAAAGAGUGUGGCAAAGCUUUUGCUCAUUCCUUCAGUGUCAAUGUACAUCAGAGAAUUCAUACUGGAGAGAAACCCUACAAAUGUAAAGAGUGUAGCAAAGCCUUUGCUUAUUCAUUCAGUCUUAAUUUGCAUCAGAGAAUUCAUUCUGGCGAAAAACCUUACAAAUGUAAAGAAUGUGGCAAAGCCUUUAUUCAGUCUUUACACCUUAAACAACAUCAGCGAAUGCAUACUGGAGAAAAACCCUACAGAUGUAAAGAGUGUGGUAAGGCGUUUACUUAUUCCUUCAGUCUCAAAGUGCACCAGAGAAUUCAUACGGAAGAAAAACCCUACAAAUGUAAAGAGUGUGGGAAAUCUUUUACUUAUUCCUUAAGACUCAGUGUACAUCAGGAAAUUCAUACCAGAGAGAAACCCUAUAAAUGUAAAGAGUGUGGGAAAUCUUUUGCUUAUUCCUUACGUCUCAUUGUGCAUCAGAGGAUUCAUACCGGGGAGAAACCCUACAAAUGUAAAGAGUGUGGGAAGUCUUUUGCUUAUUCCUCAAGUCUUAAUGUGCAUCAGAGAAUUCAUACUGGAGAGAAACCCUACAAAUGUAAAGAGUGUGACAAGGCCUUUGCUUAUUCCUUAAGUCUCAAUGUGCAUCAAAGAAUUCAUACUGGAGAGAAACCCUACAAUUGUGAAGAAUGUGGCAAAGCUUUUAGCUUGAUAUCAUACCUCACUAAACAUAAACGAAUUCAUACUGGAGAGAAACCCUACAAGUGUAAAGAAUGUGGCAAAGCCUUUUAUUGUAGUUCAUACCUUAGUAAACAUCAGGUUAUUCACACUGGAGAGAAACUUUACAAAUGCAAAAUAUGUAACAAAUCUUUUACUCGCUCUUCAUAUCUUAAUGUGCAUCAGAGAAUUCAUACUGGAGAGAAACCCCACAAAUGUAAAGAAUGUGGCAAAGCCUUUGCUCAGUCUUUUUACCUUAAACAACAUCAGAGAAUACAUACUGGAGAGAGACCUUACAAAUGUAAAGAGUGUGGCAAAGCCUUUUAUUGUAGUUCAGACCUUACUCAGCAUCAGAAAACUCACACAGGAGAGAAACCUUACAAAUGUAAAGAGUGUGGCAAAUCUUUUGCUCACUCCUCAAGUCUUAAUGGGCAUCAGAGGAUUCAUACUGGAGAGAAGCCCCACAAAUGUAAACAAUGUGGCAAAGCUUUUAUUCAGUCUUCACAGCUUACCCAACAUCAGAGAAUACAUACUGCUGAGAAACCCUACGAAUGUAAAGAAUGUGGUAAAUUCUUUUCUUACUCCUCAAGUCUUAAUGUGCAUCAGAGAAUCCAUACUGGCGAGAAACCCUACAAAUGUCAGCAAUGUGGCAAGGCCUUUUAUUGUGGUUCACACCUUACUAAGCAUCAGAAACUUCAUACUGAAGAUAAAGCCUACAAUUGUAGCUUGUCCCAAAGCCUUUUACUUUAAUUCGGACAUUGGUAAAUGUCAGAAAAUUCAUACUGAAGAAAAUUACCACAGACAUCAAGCAUAUAGUAGAUCAUUUCUUGUGUCUUACUGUGCAUCAGAGAAUUCAUACUGGAGUAAAACCCUACAAGUUUAAAAACUGGGAAAGCCUUUAUUCAGUUUUCACACCUUAAACUUCAGAGAAUGCCUACUGUGAAAAACAAACAAAAAACCCUACAUAUUAAAUCAUUUAAGUGGGGCUCAACCCUUACUUGACAGAAGAUAAUUUGCCCUAGAGAAAUAUAGAUAUAAUAAAUGUGGAAACCAUUUUUCAAAUACAAAAUUCAGAAAUCACUGUAGAAUUUGUAGAUAAACAUUGGACUUGCAAUAACUGUGAGGAUGUAUUUAAUCAAAUCUCAAGCUAAAUUGGUUACUGGAUUUACAUGAGGAAAGACUAAAGUGCAUACACUUUAUUCCACAGGAUAACCUAAAGUCAUUGCAGUUAGAUUUAUUUGCUUAUAUGUUUUAUUGGAGCAAGAACAUUGAUGCUUGGGCAGAUGUAAUUAUGUUCAGUGAAUAUUUUAUUUUUAUUGACAGUAUUGGAGUUUUUAGAAAGGCAAAUAUUGAUAUAUUUCAACUCUCAUCAGUUCAAUGGCUGUGCCUUAAUUUCUAGUGUUUAUAUAAAAUGUGGUCUAUUUUUCUUACAGCAAAGAUAUGAGAGUUUAUUGCAUAUUAGGUGAACAUUAAUACUCAUUUGUUAAUGAAAGAUUAUGACAAAUGUAAAAUACAUGAAGAAAAUCUGAAGAAAAAUGCUCUUUAUUUGAAUUAAAUAAAGGAAUGCAUGCAAGGAUAUGGUAUGUGCUCAGGAUAUUAUUCUAUAUAAAGUAAGAGGAAUACAGGAAUAUUUUA